UUGGAGUUUAAAAAAGAGUGUUCCAAGCGAUUGAGUUAUAAAAUCUAUCUCACUGUUUGUGUUUGGGUGUCUGUGUAUGUAAUAUAUAUACUCCGGCGCGAAUUGUGAAGUGAGAAAAGAAAGAAUCAAACUUUGGGAAUUUCGUCAAUGGAGCCCGACGUUGUGGAGAUCCCACCUCCUCCUCUGAUGGCUUCUGGCUCGAGGAAUCGUAAACCCAGAAAGGCGUUUCCUGAAGUGAUUGAUGUGGAAAGUUAUGAAUUCCGCAGUGGUGGUGGUGUUCUUAAUAAUAAUAAUAAUAACAAUCUUGUUGAUAAGAAGAACAAAGGGAAGGCAAUACAAGUUGACUCCGUUUCUUACAACAACGUUCACUCUCAUCAUCCGCCGCUUAACGUAGAGACGUUCCAAGACUAUUAUGGUCAUAAUAACCCUUUUGGUAAAGUAGCUAAUCAACCAAUUGAUGUUGAUGACUACUCUAUGUUUCAAGACGUUCUUGAUCCUAAGAAUGUCCCAGCUGGUGCAGAGGUGAUGGUACCUUGGGGUUUAAAUUCUAGCAGUAAUGGAACAGGGAAAUCAAGUAGAAGCAUUCUGAGAAGUCAAUCGAUGAAAGAAACUGGAAACUCAUAUCUGCCAGCUGCUACUGUUCCUCAAUCAUGGGAUUAUUCUUCUGGUUCGUUUUUGCCACAGCACAAUCAGGCUACCUAUCCUUCUCCAUCGUUUAAUGUGGUCCAACCUCAGACUCCUGGUGUAGUGAUGGUCCCUAAUCCUAGUCCAAACUCGUUUAGAUAUGAUGCUUCUGCUAGUUCUUUUCAGCCUAUAGCGGCUGGGGUUACUUCUUCAGUUGAGAAUUCUAACAAUGUUAGGAAAACUAAGCAAGAUUUUCUGCGAGAUUUUAAAAGAUUUGACACGGUUGAUGAUUUCUCAGAUCAUCACUAUGUUUCUAAGGGGAAAAGUUCAAAGCAGCACUCGAAGAAUUGGGUGAAAAAGGUUCAAGAUGAUUGGAAGAUUCUUGAGAAAGAUUUGCCAGAGGCAAUAUAUGUCAGAGCCUGUGAAACAAGAAUGGAUCUUUUGAGAGCUGUAAUUAUUGGAGCGGAGGGAACUCCUUACCAUGACGGUCUUUUCUUUUUCGAUAUUCAGUUCCCAGAUACCUAUCCUUCAGUACCACCAAAAGUUUAUUACCAUUCCGGAGGGCUUAGAAUAAACCCGAAUCUAUACAAUUGUGGUAAAGUAUGCUUGAGUCUUCUCGGUACCUGGUCCGGUAGCGCGAGGGAGAAAUGGCUUCCAAAGGAGUCCACAAUGUUACAGCUUCUUGUCUCGAUCCAAGCACUCAUCUUGAAUCAAAAACCAUACUUUAACGAACCUGGCUAUGAGCGGAGCAAGGGGACUCAAUCAGGCGAGGCCCAUUCUACAGUUUACAGUGAGAAUGUAUUCAUAUUGUCGUUGAGGACUAUGGUUUACAGCAUGAGGAAACCACCCACGCAUUUUGAGGAGUUUGUUCGUUGCCAUUACUUUCUCCGGUCUCACGACAUAGUGAAAGCGUGCAAUGCUUAUAAAAAUGGAGUUCCUCUUGGAUCGAUGGUUAAAGGCGGAGUCCAAGACCUUGAACAAACUAGCCAGAGCGGCUCCAAGAAGUUUAGAGCCGAUGUAGCUAGCUUUAUGCAGACAGUGGUUGAUGAAUUCGUCAAACUAGGAGUCAAGGAGCUUGCAGAGAAACCAAAACCACCUGAGUUCAAUGCUAACAUAAGGAAUCAGAGCAAUAAUACUAACCGUAAGAGAAGCAGAUCAUCGAGCAUAAAAGACUUUCUAGCAAAUAUUGGACGCUGCGUUUUUCAACAGUAGGAGUUGAGUGAGAGUAGUAGUCGCAACAACGUAUCAAUCAAGUUGAAGACUCGAGGAACAAGACUUGGUGGCGACUGCGAGUAGUAGUAGUGGAUCUAACAUAUGGAGUAGAAGAUUUAGCCAAUUUUUUUUUUACUAUUUUUAUAUUAUUUAUUACAAUUCCGGUUUAGAGAAGUGGUUUUUUUUUUUUUAUAAUUGACAAAUGGUUUUUAUAAUUGGGUUUUACCAUUUUUCUGUUUAGAUUCACAUAGUUGGAGA